AUGACCAAGAAGGACGUGGACAAGGACCCCGAAUCAACAACGCCCACCGUUGGCGCCCGAGUGGUGGCAUUUCUCAAUCCCUUUAGGGCCACACACAAAGCGGCGGUGACGAGGCAGACACACAACCACAAGCACAGCAAGGGUAGCAAGGGUCACAAUGGCCGGUCCGCACCGUCUCCACGCUCCGGCACGUCGAAAGCGCACGCAUCAGCUUCACACACCCGGCUGAAGCUCCUCGAUCUGGACCGGACUCGAAAUGAGCUGGAUGUGGAGAUUGCUCCCACCACUGUUGCAGCCAGGCUUGAGGCCACCAUCCGCAACCGCAACAAGAAGCAGCCGCUCGCCGACAGCGAUCUGCUUCACAUAUACUGGCUUUGCAAACCUGGCAAUGGAACUAGAGCGCCCGGACCCCAGCAGCUACGACCCAGCGAUGUCGUAAGCGCUGUCUGUCCGCGCGAUGCUACUCUCUACUACCGCGUCAUUGCUGCCGACGACGCCGAACGCGGUCGUGGCCAGCACCUGGAAUUCCGCGUCGAGUGGCUUUCACCGUUGUCUGCACCGUCUGCCUCGAAUUCCAAUGGUCACCGUGGCAGUUUGAGAGAUCGCGAGCGCAAGGGUGACGGCAGGCAGAAGAGGGCACCGAGCCCAGACUUUUUGCGAGAGCUUGCCCGGGACAUCUUCAGCACCGACCGCCAGCUGGCUGUAGGGGCUGUUCGUUCCCGGCUGGCUGCGGUACUCGGCGUCGACGAUCCUAACCGAAUUGCCCUCCUUGCCUACAGUGGCCUGCAGCCGUGCCAACCGCUGGCCGGCAUCGCCUGGCAGGUCGGCCGCCUGCUGACGGCAUGGCUGUGUCGCUGCCUGCUGGUUCAGGUACACCCGCCCAAGCGCUAUGUGGUCGUCCGGGGCGGCGGUGGCGUGCUCCGAGACGGCGAUGGCGCCGACCGAGGAUUGCGUUGCACGUAUCUCUACCACGAGAUGACGCCCGGGGCGCGAAGCAGCUCGGCAGAAGUGUCCAUGGCCGUUGUCCAGAAAUGGGUGCGCGACCAUCUUCUCAAAAGCGUGAACAGGCACGCUGCAAGCCAGCUGCAGUGCAAAUCGCGACACAUCGAGAUGGUCGGCAGCGCUCGCGAGGCGCCGAGGCAGCGCAGCAAAGUGCAAUGGGGCAGCAGCGUCGAGUUCCGUCUGCGUGAUGACGUCGUCGAAGCUUUUGCCGAUGACGAGACCUGGCUGCUGCCGCUGACAGAAACGUGCAUGAUCUGCCUGGAGGACAAGGCCGUCACGGAGAUGCCACACCGCAUCACGGCUGCAUGUCUUCGUCAUGCCAACCACAGCCAGCGUCACACGCCGACCCUCUGCAAGCCGUGUCUGGCAGAGUGGAUUGGCUCAAGCCUGAAGGGCUCGGUCUGGAACCGGCUGCGAUGUCCCGAGUGCCCGGCCCGGCUGAGCUAUGCCGAUGUCCGGUUGUACGCAACUCCAUCCGUCUUUGAGCGCUACGACACGUUGGCAACGCGGGCAGCCCUGGUGAGCGAGUUCCCAAACUUCCGUUGGUGUCUGGCCGUCGGAUGUGAGGCCGGUCAGAUCCAUGGCCCGGCAAGCCGCUCUGCCAGCGCUCGCUCCGUCGAAGAGGAGUGUCCCAAGUUCCGCUGCCAUGCGUGUCGGGCCACUCACUGCAUCCGCCACAACAUACCCUGGCAUUCUAGCGAAACGUGUGCCCAGUAUGACGCUCGAACGCAGCGUCGCCGGCAGGACAACCGCAAGUCGGAGGCAUUCGUACAAGAGACGUCCAAGCAGUGUCCGGGCUGCAACAAGGCCGUCUUCAAGUAUUCGGGCUGCAACCAUAUUAGCUGCAUCUGUGGGCAUGAAUGGUGCUAUAUAUGCUUUGCACCAUUUGUCCAGUCAGACUACGGUAUACUCCGGUGCCAGCACAAACCCGAGUGCACGGAACAGGACCUGUUCGAUGAGUUGGGCCUCAAUCCCAACAGGCGCCGGGGACCCAGACCCGUGCCUCUUCUCUGGAGGGCCGGACAACAGCGGCCAAGAUGGGCGUAA